AUGACGGAUAAAUUCACACAAAAUUGCUAUGCGUGGUUUAAUGGCGGGGUGGAGACCAUAGAGCCGCGGAAUUAUUUUCCGUGUGGAACGGUGAAUAGUACUUCGGAUUUCUUAACUUGUUGCAUGGAGUUUGAUACGUGCGUGGGGAACAACAUCUGUAAAGCUUCGGCGGGCAUGACGGAGGGGUCGGAAUAUUAUCUGGGGUAUUGUAAUGAUCCGACGUAUACCGCUUCUGUAUGUCCGAAGGAAUGUGUCGAUCUUGAAACCAACGGCGGCGGCGCUAUCGGAAUCGUCUACAACUCCACAACCAGCGAAUGGAACUGCUGCAACGAUACCGCGUGCAAGAGUCUCAGCAGUGAGGUUUUUGAUGCGCCUGCUCCUUCCUCUUUAUCAGUAAUAGCUUCACCCACAUCAAGACCCUAUUCUACUUUUACUACCUCUUCGGCCUCUUCGUCUAGUCCUUCUUCUUCAUUAGCGAUAACAACUACUUCUUCUGCAUCGUCAUCGUCAUCGACGAUAGAAUCCUCAACCACAACUCCCCCAUCCUCAUCCUCAUCCUCUCCACCAUCCUCCUCAUCAUCAAAGCUAUCCCCCGGCGCCACAGCAGGAAUCGCCAUCGGCGCCGCCAUCUUCAUCGCUCUCCUCGCCCUCCUCACAUAUUUCCUCCUGCGCAAGCGCAAAAACAGCAAUAAGCACAACCCCAAAGCGGGAGAAGCAUACGCCAAACCGGAGUUAGCAGGCGAACCUGCGAAUCGAGCGGAGAGGAGCAGAGAGUUGGCGGGAGAGAGGAGGGUGGAGAUGGGCGGGGGUGAAGUGCCGGAGAUGGGAGAGGGGAGGAGUCAGGUUUGGGAGUUGCAGGGGGGUGAGAGGGGGAGGGUGGAGUUGGGGUGA